AUGCCGCCUCACAGAAAUCUGAAGGAAGCUCAACGCCUUAUGGGACAAAUAACCGCGCUGUCCAGAUUCAUCUCGAAGACCGCCGAUCGGAGCUUGCCAUUUUUUAAGAUUUUGCGCCGAGCCACUAAGUUCCAAUGGGACGCAGAGUGGGACAAAGCCUUCGAAGAGCUCAAAGUAUACCUCAAUUCCUUACCUGUUUUAGCUAAGCCGGUCGCCGCGGAAGCCCUUAGAGUUUACUUGCCCUCGACUGAAUAUGCCGUCGGGUCGGCUCUUGUGAGGCCGGACGAUGAAGAACAGUCUGUGUACUUCUUAAGCCACAUACUAAAGGAUGCGGAGUCCCGCUACACUGGUCUCGAGAAGUUAGCCUUUGCGCUGGUACUCGCCACUCGAAGGCUCCGCCCUUAUUUUCUGGCGCACCCGAUCGUUGUGAUGACGAACAACCCCCUGGGGAGGGUCCUUCUCAAUCCAGAGGCGUCCGAUCGGCUAAUCAAAUGGACCACAGAACUUAGCGAAUUAGACAUACGGUAUCAUCCCCGGACGGCCAUCAAAGCGCAGUCGUUAACAGAUUUUGUCAUUGAGGUACCAGAUCCCGAGCCCGAAGCCACCUGGAGGGUGUACGUGGACAGAUCGUCCACUCGGCAAGGAAGUGAGAUCGGUGUGAUGUUAAUCUCCCCCCACGGGGAAUGGAUGCAUUUGUCCGUACGGCUGGAUUAUCGAGCGACCAAUAAUGAAGCAGAGUAUGAGGCGUUGAUAGUGGGCCUGCAAGCCGCUCGGCAUAUGGGAGCUAGCAAGGUCUUGAUUCAUUCUGAUUCACAGUUGGCGGCUCAGCAACUCUCGGGAACAUUCGAGAUAAACAACGUCAGGCUCAAGCUUUAUGCGGGAGCCUUCGAAAAACUGAAAGCCAGUUUUCGAGAGGUGCUCAUCCAGAAGAUCCCCCAAGCGGAGAAUCAGUCUGCAGAUGAGCUGGCUAAGCUUGCCAGCUCAAUAUCACCAAUUGUCAUCCAACAGUCAAUCGAGCAGGUAUCUCUGGUCGCCCACAUCGACCGGAUGGAGGGGCUCACAUUCCUAAAUGACUGGCGGAUGGCUAUAGCAGAAUUUCUGAGGUCAGGGGCAACACCUUCCGAUCGAGAGGAAGCGCAUCUGCUCAGGAAGAGAGCUGGUCGCUUCGUCCUCAUUGGCGACCAGCUUUACAAAAAAGCGUUCUCCAGGUCUCUGCUCAAAUGUGUUGGUUCGGAGGAUGUGGACUAUAUUCUGCAAGAGGAGGACGCCGCUCGAACCGUUGCAACUUGCUUAUCUUUCCAGAAAUACCAUAAUUUCUCACAUCGUCCCACAGAGGAAUUAAAGACAUCCACAGUGUCCUGCCCUUUCGAUCAAUGGGGCAUGGACAUUGUAGAACCAUUUCCAAUGGCAAUCGGACAGUGGAAGUUUUUACUGGUAGCGGUAGACUAUUUCUCAAAGUGGGUGGAAGCCGAGCUGCUCGUGAAAAUAAUCAAGCAGAUGGUCAAGAAGUUCAUCUGGCAGCACAUAAUAUGCCAGUUCGGCAUUCCACGACCGCUCGUGUCCGACAAUGGGCAGCAAUUCAUCUGA